AUGGCUUCAACUCUCGAGGUCGCAAACCAGAAGUACCUUGAAGUCUGGCAAAAUUCGGUAUAUAGCAACGUAGUCAUGAUGCGAUACAUCGUGGGUCGAAUCUUCCUCGAAUCUUCCACGCCCUGGGACGACUUCUUCACGACUUGCGACCUGCGGGUCAGAACUGGAAUCGACCAGGACCAGUGGUGGUCAAGAGCCACAGAACUGGCUUCGGCCAAGAAGCCAAUCUUCUUUGGACCAGAAAAGGAAAAGCCGGUCUGGGAUGAGAUAAUCCCAGACAACCUGUGGUUAGGCGGAAACGGCCUAUGCACGUCGUUCACGAUAGCAGUGAACGAGGAAUCAGGCCUGAAGGCAAACUACACAAACUAUGAAACGCAUCGUGCAGCGCAUAAAGUCAACAAGGAAACCAAGUCUACAACACUUAUCGACUCAUCUGCAGGAUAUGCCUUCGAGAUGGAGGAAGAUGAAGAGGUUGGUACCUGGCAAAACCAGGGGAAAUCUGCCCCAAUAUGGGUAAACCGCAAUGGUGAUAUCUUUUGGAAGAAUAGAACUCCCAAGGCCGUUGAGAAUUCCAACGAAGCCAUGAAGAUUUGUUUGAACCAGCUUUACAAAACUGCUAGAUAUGGUCUUGUUCUGUACCGGAAGAUCUCUUGUAACAAGGGAAUUUUCGCCCAGAAAAUUCAAUUCUCGCCCUUGCACCGAGUUUUCAAGUUGGUUACAGAGCCAAAGGACGAAGAGUGCACCGUUCAGUACAUCGAAUCUGGCGCAGAGAAGAGCAACGAUAUGUCAGCAUGCUACAAGUUGCUGCGCAUGUUCAACACAGGGGAUGAGAGCAAUCCCGUCUUCCAAGAAAUCUUGGAGAUCUUCUAUGCGGCGCGUAUGCACUGGGGAUACCCGUCUCUCUCAAAGAUAGAGUUGAUUCCCGAUGCAUCUGCUCUGCAGAGUUGGCCGAAUCCUGUUUACUAA